AUGAGCUUCGCACGAGUGACGCGCCGAGGCCGUCUCCUCCUUGUGCUGUCCCUCGCUGCUCUCUCUAUCUGGUAUUUGGCAACCCGGGCUGGGCUUCAGCAGAGAGCACCCCCAGUCAAGGACGUACAAGUGACGUACUCCCACCAUACAAACGAGCAUGUCGACUUCUGGCGCGACUUUCAGCCUCUGCUGUUGGCAUAUGAGCCGCAAUGCAAGCCUCCACGACGCCUUGGAAAUGCUCCGGCAAGUGGCUUCAAGCCAUCCGACCCAAUCGCCCGGCCGGAGCUCUUGAAGAUGUCCGUCAAGGAGGUGCUGGGCAUGAAGAAUGCUCACAGCGACUUCGUGAGAGCAAUCAGCACAGACGCACCCCAGCUGUCUUAUAUACCAGAAACUAAGGGCUUAGUGACAACUGCAGGAGGCUCAUACCUACCAGUGCUGGUAGUUUCACUUCGCAUGUUACGUCGCACGGGUUCAAAGCUCCCUGUGGAGGUCUUUCUAGCUACGCACGACGAGUACGAGGAAAAUAUAUGUGAUGAAGUCCUGCCUUCAUUGAACGCCAAAUGCAUUGUCAUGACAGAUAUCAUCAACGCCGUCCCGGGAUCGGUCAAGAUUGAAAAAUAUCAGUUGAAGCCGUUCGCGAUGAUAUUCUCUUCAUUCGAGGAGAUCUUGUUCCUUGAUGCCGACGCCUUCCCGAUCACUAAACCCGAGUCCCUUUUCGAGAAUGAGCCUUUCAAGAGUACCAAAAUGGUUACUUGGCCAGACUUCUGGGCUUCAUCCGCGUCUCCGUUCUAUUACGAGAUUUCCUCCCAGGAGGUGGUAUCGAUGAAUUCACGACCGUCAACGGAAUCCGGUGAACUUCUGAUUUCCAAGAAGACUCAUCUGAAGACACUUCUGCUUUGCACCUACUACAAUUUCUGGGGACCUACGCACUAUUACCGUCUUCUUUCGCAGGGCGCAGCAGGCGAGGGCGAUAAGGAGACUUUCAUCACUGCCGCUGCUGCGCUAGGUGAACCAUUCUACCAAGUCAGCGAACCUAUUUGUGCUAUGGGACAUCGAACAGAAGGUGGGCUUGCUGGAUCAGCAAUGGUUCAGUUCAAUCCCAUUGAGGACUACAAGCUAGUCCAGAAGGGAGAAUGGAGGGUGAAUGGGUCAAAGGCGUCCCCUCCACAUCCGUUCUUCAUCCACGCGAAUUUCCCAAAGUUCAACCCAGCAACCGUUUUCUCCAAGGAACACGCUGUCAAGCCGGCUUUUAACGAUGACUGGUCAUAUACGCGGGCUUGGACAAUCCCAGAAGAGACCAUCAAUGCCUUUGGUCGUGACGUCGAGAAACAGUUCUGGGCGGACAUACUUUGGACUGGAUGUGAGCUGGAAACACAGUUUGAAAGCUGGAAGAACAGUACUGGUGUUUGCAGCGGUGUGAAGAAAUACUGGGAAGCACAAUUUGGAUCGGAAGACCCGGCUAGGGUAUAG